AGAAGCAUCCGCAUUGGUGAAGAUUUGACACGUCAAUUGUAUUUUUCACAAUACAUGUUUUUGCGAUAAUUUAUAAAGUAAUUCGUUUUGAAGGCUGGAACUCGUAUAUUUGUUGCCUACUUUGUGCAUAACUUUCGAUUUCAUUUGAAAUAUUUCAUUUUAGUUUCGAGAAUUAACCAAAAGUUUGAGCAACAAUCAUGGCGUUGGCUGAGGGACCUUGCUAUACAAUAAUUAACUCUCCAGACAUCGAGGUGCCGAACGAGAUGCAGCUUAAACAAGACCUCGAAAAGGGCGACACCAAUGUUAAAAUCGAAACCCUAAAGAAAGUUAUACAAAUGUUGUUAAAUGGAGAGCGUUUGUCUGGUUUGAUUAUGACCAUUAUCAGAUUCGUUNUGGCUUCUUGCAUUGACCAAGUAAACCAUUUUGGUGAUAUUCUACAACUGGUCAUCGUCGAGCUUAUUUAUAAGGUUUGCCAUGCCAAUCCAUCUGAACGCUCCCGUUUUAUACGCUGCAUUUACAAUUUGCUUAACUCGUCAUCAAACGCCGUGCGCUAUGAAGCUGCUGGUACCCUUAUUACACUAUCUUCCGCUCCAACCGCCAUACGGGCAGCAGCCAGCUGCUACAUUGAGUUGAUCGUCGGCGACAGCGACAACAAUGUUAAACUUAUCGUUCUGGAUCGAUUGGUUGCUAUGAAGGAAAAUGAAAACAUGGAGAAAGUAAUGCAAGAUUUGGUCAUGGAUAUAUUGCGAGUUUUAGCAGCACCUGACAUUGAAGUGCGCCGCAAGACCUUGGCUUUGGCAAUGGAUUUAGUUUCAUCACGCAACAUCGAAGAAAUGGUGCUGGUGCUUAAGAAAGAAGUAUCCAAGACUCACAAUGUUGAACAUGAAGACACCGGCAAGUAUCGCCAAUUGCUUGUGCGCACACUACACACUUGCUCCAUUAAAUUCCCAGAUGUGGCAGCAAAUGUAAUACCGGUACUGGUCGAAUUUCUUUCCGACACAAAUGAGUUAGCUGCUGCCGAUGUAUUAAUUUUUAUUCGCGAAGCUAUACAGAAAUUUGCUGCACUGCGUGCACUUAUUAUUGAGCGUCUAAUUGAAGCAUUUCCACAAAUAAAGUCUUCGAAAAUUCACCGCGCUGCAGUCUGGAUAUUAGGUGAAUAUGUUGAUAACAAAGAGCAAGUAGUGGAAGUCACAGAAGCUAUUAUUCAAACUUUGGGCGAGGUACCGAUGGUGGAGGCCGAGCAAAAGCGUCUGGCCGGUGAACAAACGGAUGAAGGUGAAAAGGCUGCCGAAGGCAACAACGCUAUUUCUUCAAGCAAUAAAGUAACUUCUGAUGGUACAUAUGCUACACAAAGCGCAUUCAGCCUGGCACCUGUGGCCAAGAAAGAGAAGCGUCCACCACUCCGGCAAUAUCUAAUGGAUGGUGAUUUCUUCAUAGGUGCUGCCUUAUCGGCCACACUGACUAAGCUUGCACUACGUUACGCAGAACUAGAAAAUGAUGAGCGUCAGCAAAAUCGCUUGACUACACAGGUGAUGCUCAUUAUGAGUUCCAUUUUGCAUCUUGGCAAGUCAGGCUUCCCAACCAAGCCUAUUACCAAUGAUGACAUUGAUCGCAUUUUCAUUUGCUUGCGCACACUGAGUGAGCGCACAAAAGAGGCUGUAGAAGUGUUUCAACAUUAUUGUCGCGAUGCACUUGGAAAAAUGUUGGAUGCCCAACAUGAAGAGGAUCAACGCAUUUUGAAAGAAAAGCAACGUGCUGCUGCUAAGGUACAACCGGACGACCCGGUCGCAUUUGCACAGCUAUCAAAUGGGCGUGACAAUCAGUUGGGCGAAAAUGUUUUUGAGACUAGUUUGAAUCAAGCAUUGGCAGGCACCAAAUCCACCAACUUGAGCGACAUCACUUCGCCAAAUAACAAACUCAACAAAGUAACACAAUUGACCGGCUUCUCCGAUCCCGUAUAUGCUGAGGCUUAUGUUAAUGUCAACCAAUAUGACAUCGUUUUGGAUGUAUUGAUAGUUAAUCAAACAAAUGACACUCUACAAAAUUGCACAUUGGAACUGGCCACUUUGGGUGACUUAAAACUGGUUGAACGGCCACAUCCUGUAGUCCUGGCACCCCAUGAUUUUUGCAACAUAAAAGCAAAUGUAAAGGUAUCAUCUACAGAGAACGGAAUUAUUUUUGGCAAUAUCGUUUACGACACAAGUAUUAAUACAAAUGUUGUUGUGCUGAACACUAUACAUAUUGACAUUAUGGAUUACAUCAUACCCGCCUCUUGCACUGAUACUGAAUUCAGGCAAAUGUGGCAAGAUUUUGAAUGGGAAAAUAAGGUAACAGUAAAUACAACGUUCACCGAUUUACAUGAAUAUUUGAAACACCUAUUGAAGAGCACCAAUAUGAAAUGUUUGACACCGGAAAAGGCACUCAGUGGUCAAUGUGGAUUUAUGGCCGCAAAUAUGUACGCAAAAUCGAUCUUUGGCGAAAAUGCUCUUGCCAAUCUAAGUAUCGAAAAGCCCGUGGACGAUCCAGAUUCUAAGGUCACUGGACACAUACGCAUUCGUGCUAAAAGUCAGGGCAUGGCACUCAGCUUAGGCGAUAAGAUCAGCUCAUCACAGAAGCAAUCAGUGCAAGCCGCUUAGAUGCGGAUAGAUGUUGCAACAUAUUUUUUAAGCUUGAGCUCUUAGUGUAUUUUUUGUGGAUUUUUUGUUUUGAUAGGGAAUUAAAGUAAAAUCUUUUUCCAUAAUACAAACAAUUGUACCACAUACAUAAAUACGUUUUUUGUGUUGAUGGAAAGUGCGCGAAUAGGAAAGCGAACGCAACUUUCUAGAUAUAUGUGAAGGCAAUUUGGUGUCGUAUAUCCUUUCUAUAAAAAAAAAUAAAAAAAAACUUAUAAUUCCAGCUAUUAAAUAGUAUAAAAUACGACCAAUUACUUUGUUUUAUGUUUUUGAAUAUCGCAUUACGUGUACGAGUUUGUUUACAUACAUACACCGUUUAUUAUAUAUACAUACAUACAUUUAUCAACAAUAAAAAAUUAAUGAAAGUUA